GUUUUAGUUCAUGAUCUGUUUAUUUAGCUUACAGAGACGAUCCUUUUCCUGUGUGUGUCUUUGAAGUUUAGAGGGACUGUGGGCCCCACUAUGGGAUCUGAACAACUGGCUUGGGAGCUGCCAGCAGGCGUGGAAAGCUCCCUACCAGCCCCACUAACUUGAUUUUGGUAUAAAUCUGAAAUGCUAAAUGACGUUCCUGUGGACAUUUGAAGAGCUGGUUUCACCCAUUGGAGGAAGAGAAGGGGACACAGUGCAAUAACCGAUGAAGGGGAUGGAAAAUCCGGGGCUGGGUGGGGUGCUCUGCAGCAGGACUGAGAUGCUGCAGCAGUGUGGUGAGCUGUUGGAGGGGAGCAGCAACUGCAGUGUUUCCAGAGCUAGAGGGAAUGCUUGGAUUUAUCCAUCCUGCUGCUGCUGUCACAGAACAGAAAAAACUUGAGCUGGGUGAGGUUCAAAGAUACUUCAGUGAGAAGCUGACCAGGUCUUUCCCUGACUUCAGCACAUCCAGACCAAGCCAUGAGGAGUGUGAGAGUGACCCUCAGGGCUUGAUGAGCAGAGAAGUGGAUCCCAAAGGCUGCCAUCUUCUGGAAAAAUCCAGUCAGUUGGUGUCUCAGGUCAGCAGCCUAAUCAAUGGAGAUGGAAGCCUCCAUGACACUGCUCAGCACUUCCUCUCAUCCCUCUGCAUCUCCAGAGGGAUCAAGAUAAAAUGGAGGGGGCUCCUGGAGAGGUAUCUUGUAAUGGUUCUGUGACCCAGGGAGUAGCAGAAUAACGUGAGUGAUUGCUCCUCCUGCACCAAA